AAUCAGGAGCUGCAUAUUUGUAACGUUUGACCUCUGGUGACCCUCCCAUGCCUACUGAAGAAGUGUACAGAAAUCUCAGAGGUUUAGUUGCCCCAAACAGAAGAUGCCUCUAGUUUCUGGAAUCAUCAGAGGUCUGAUUAGAGGCGCAGACAGGAGUAGACCAUGGAACAGCAAAAUGGGGACAAAGUACAACAGAAUGGGGAGAGGUGCUCCAGAACUAGUUCAGUUCAAGAAAGGCAAGAGGAUUGUAAUGAGAAAUUACAUUCCACAGUACAUAGUACCUGAUCUGACAGGAUUUGAGUUGAAGCCAUACGUUACUCCCAAAGUCCCAGAAGUCCACUGCAAUCCUGUCACGCCGAAGGACAUAUUUGAUGUCUGCUGUGCACCGGAAAUAGAGGCACAAUUCAAGGAAGGGGAGAUAUCAGAAUGACAUCAUAUUAUGACUUUAGCAACUAUCUUUUUUUUUUUACAUCACAAUGAAUGGAGAAGAUAUUGCAUGACCUUUUGGAUACUCCAAAUGGUCUGACUUGUCUAAACAACCCUGCAUGAUGAUGUGAAGUCUUGUAUAUAAGUAUGAUAGAAUUUGAUAGCUCACUGCUGUUGUUGUGUUUGGAAAGACAUUGUAAGUUUGGAACAAAUGUUGCUUUGAAGAUUGAUACCCAUGUAUGGUUCAUGGGUAACUAUGUUUCUCAAAUUGGAGAUCAUAUUGUUACUAGAGGCCAAAAUUUAGACUGUGUACAGAAGACCUAAAUUGUCUAUUCAGGCAAUUUCAGUCACCAACACAAUAAAGAUUAAAUGUUGAAACAAA